AUGAGGGAUUCUCAACACGAAAACUACAAAAUAAGUUCCCGACGUUGCAUUAUCUUUAUUUCAUUACAACUUUAUGACCAUCAUUUCAUCAUCUGUGGUCCAGCUUUUAAAAAUCUGUCCACAUCUGCAUCACCCCACCUGCAGCAGGUCAGAAAGCGCGUCUUCUGCUUGCCGGCAAGACGUGGUGCGCGCUUCCAAAAGCCAGUGCAGCCUCGGCCGGGCCGCCAACAUGUUCGCGACUACUUCCAAGAGCGACUCGGCGCGAUGACAGCGAGCAACUCCUCAUGGACGGCGUCCGCAGCCGCCGCGGCGCUCCGGCGUCGCCUCGACAUGAGUACUGAGUACUUUCUGGUACCGUCUUCACCUUCCGUCACCUCCAACACCCCUACGGCGACGCCAUCCACCGUCAUCACGAAGGCCGCCUUGCAGGGCUUCUUCCGUCAAGAGGUCUGGGUCAUACCAGUGCUGGCUCUUUCCGCUAUCACCAUGCUGCUUAUCGCCGGGUUCGAAGUGUUUGUGCUGUGUAAAGCCUGGAAGACCACCCCUAGUAGAAGACAUUUAUUCUUAGGACAGAUGCUGCUGUUGGGACUGUUCUGCAGCUCAGCCCUUGCUGCGACAAUUGCUGCAACGCCUACGCAACUUACUUGCGCUAUAGUGCGAUUCGGUACUGGAGUAUCAUACACGAUAAUCUUCGCUUCACUGUUGGUUAAGUGCGUUUUCCUGAUAAGCCUUAAUGGAGGUGUAUACCUACCUGCACCCUACCAAGGGCUACUUCUCCUUUUCGCAAUCCUCAUUCAAGUGGCCAUAGGAGUGCAGUGGUUAGUUACCAGCCCACCGUUAGUAGAUAUACUGACAGUAGACAAUCUUUCUCCCAAACACCGUCUACUAGUCACCGCAGAAGAUAUCUCCAAACCAAGUGUGAUACCGCUGUGUCGCACCCCUUACGUAGACUUCCUCUUAUCCUUGAUCUACGUAGUGUUUCUGAUCUCAUUCGUAACCGUGCUAGCUGUAAAAUCCCGAGGGAUCAGAGACAAUUACCGGGAGGCGACCUUCAUAGGACUGUCGGUUGGUUGUUGCAUCCCUACGUGGUUGGUUUGGACAGUCAGUGGCCUCAUAGUGCACGAAAGACAUCGAGACGCAUGUAUAGCCUUCGGACUUAUAGUGUGUUCGAUACUAGUGUUUUUAAUAAUGUUCAUGCCCAAAGGGAGACAGUUGGCGGCAAUGGGCAAAGAAGGAGUGUAUGUUGAGGACAGGGAGGAUAGAUUCAGUACCCUCAGUAGGGCUGCAUCGGGAUAUUCGCCAUCCUUCUUUCAUUUCAAGCCCAUUAAAUAUGGAUUGACACAUGGAACAUUGAACCAUAAACAUCCUCUGAAUGUUGCAGCAAUACCAGGAGGUUCUGCUGCUUGGCAUCGUUGCAUUGUUAGAUAUUACUAA